CUUCAUCUUAAUUUACCCGACACUUCCAAAAGAAGAAUGACGGCCGGUUAAAGCAACAGAUGAGAUGGGUCCGCAGAGUUUGUCAGCAAUUAAAACUGUCCUCUAGACCGUUAUCUACAAUUUUAAGUAUUAUCUGCAUGUAUUUUGAUAUGAUUGACACGCAUUCUCACCUUUAUAUCUUUUAAACUGACAGCAGUUGUGCUGUAGGAAGGAAGCAGGAGAGGAAAAGGGACUGACUGCGCACUAAACACACUCAUCGGGGAGUUUACUUAAAAGGGCAAGAUUGUUUUUCAACGUACUUGAUAGCCACAUAAACGCUCGUAUUUUAAACACAUUCUAUUAUAAGCAUUCAUAUUAAUCAGAGAUAUCUUAGACUAUGUAAAGACCUGAUUUGUUUAUUAUUAAGGUUUGUUUUUCGAGCAAAAGGAUUGUUUUUCUUGUGUUUUGCUGAUCGAUAAUAAUCGAUCACAUACCCCCGACGUGAUCGACCAUGGCCACAGAUGUGAUAGCGACUGAAGAAGUCUCAAACCAGAGAGACUCGAGUGAUAUGAACGCUAACAAAAGUAAUCCCGAAUCAGACACACCCAACCGGACAUUUGAGACGCAAGAAAACAGAAAUAUAAGUAGCCCAACAUCAUUAUCAUCAUCUUCGGCUCAUUCUGGAGAAGAACUACCUGAGGACUCCACAACAGGGAAUUCACUGGCGAAUGGAAACGGUGCGAUCCGAACAGGAGAUCCGCCGCAGGAAGCAGCGACUCCAGACAAUAGACAAAAACAAGGCGUGAGGACUUCAACUCCUGUGCGACCACUGCACACACACUCACCAGUUGAACACAAUGGAAGUUUUGAGCACCAGGAGUCAGUGGCGACCACAGAGGCGCGGCUGAGAAUGGAAGGGGUGGAGCUAAAGGAGGAGUGGCAAGAUGAGGAUUUCCCCAGGCCUCUCCCAGAGGAGGAAGAUAUUCAGCUUGAUGAGGAGCUUUUCACUGGGUCUUCUGGUGAAGGAGCACCUGCUUCACAAUCCUACGGACUAAACAGCGCAAAGAAAACUAAAAAGAAACUUCUGGCUCCGGAAAUCAGCCUAAAUCUAGACCACAGUGAAGGCUCGGUCCUGUCAGAUGAGCUGGAUGAGAGUACAGAACUGGACCUGGAUGAUAUAGACACCCCUUCAGACAACAGCAACGAGUUUGAGUGGGAAGAUGAUCUCCCAAAACCCAAAAGCACAGACCUGCUGCGUAAAGGAGUGGAGUCGGUGCAGGAGUACGCCACCACAGAGGAACGGGAGGAGGGCCGUCGCUGGAGAGUUUUCCGUAUCGGAGAACAGGAGCACCGAGUGGACAUGAAGGCCAUUGAGCCCUACAAGAGGGUUAUCAGCCAUGGAGGUUACUAUGGCGAUGGAUUGAAUGCCAUCAUCGUCUUUGCUGUUUGCUUUAUGCCUGAGAGCAAUCAACCAAAUUACAGAUACAUCAUGGACAAUCUUUUCAAGUAUGUCAUAGGAACCCUAGAACUGCUUGUAGCUGAGAACUAUAUGAUUGUAUACCUGAACGGAGCCACCUCGCGCCGAAAGAUGCCCAGCGUGGGCUGGCUCAGGAAGUGCUAUCAGCAAAUAGAUCGAAGGUUAAGGAAGAAUUUGAAGUCUUUGAUAAUUGUGCACCCGUCCUGGUUUAUUCGCACCCUCUUGGCCCUCACAAAACCUUUUAUAAGCUCAAAAUUUAGCCAGAAAAUCAAGUAUGUGUACAGCCUGACAGACCUGGCUGAGCUUGUCCCGAUGGAGUACGUUUCCAUACCAGACUGCAUUAAACAGUUUGACGAAGAAAAAAAUAGGAAAAAACGUAAAAGGAUUGACAAGGACAUGCAUGGAAAAGUGGAGAUAGCAACUGCUGCAGUGCCAGAGUGAGUCAGAAGAAGAGCUGAAGAAGCUGGAAGAAUAAAAGAAUGUAUUGGGUUUCUUUUAACUGGAGAACGCAAGAUAUUGAUGUCAGAAAAGUGCCUUUUAAAGGAAUAUUUCAACCCAAAAUGAAAGUUCAGUCAUCAUUUACUCACCCUCAUGUCAUUCCAAAUCCAUAUAUAUAUUUUUUUUUUCCCCCUGUGGAACACAAAAGAAGAUAUUUAGCAGAAUGUCCAAGCUGCUCUUUUCGAUAGCCAUGGUCCCCAUUUACUUUCAUUGAAUGGAAUAGAGCAACUUGUACUUUCUGCUAAAUAUCUCCUUUUUUUGUGUUCCACACAAGAGUCAUAUAGGUUUGGAACGACAUGAGGGUGAGUAAAUGAUGUCAGAUUUUUUAAUUUUUGAGUGAACUAUCCCUUUAAAGCUGCGACUGCCUGUUACUUUAUGACCUUUUUUCUGCCUGUUGCAUUUGUGUGCCAAACACCUGUCAGAUGGCAUCUGGUUUCUGUGCGUUAAACAUUUUUAAUAACCUUUUAUGUAUCAUUUCAAUAAGUAGAUACUGUCAACAUGUUCUAGUUCUUAUAUCUUGCCCUUAGUUAAGGCACUCUGUUUUCGAAAUAGUCGAUGCAUGUUCUUCAUUACAAUACAUUUAAAUAUCUAUAUUUAUAUCAAAAGGCGAUAAAGGAGAAAGAUUAAUAUAUUUUUAUGACUGAAAUGCUUUUUUUAGGGCCACAGUCUGGCAUUGUUUGUCAUCUGCUCACUGAACAUCUCAUAGUUAUACCACAUAUUGUUUACUGCUGAAUGUCUUGUUUGAUUUGAGAACGUGGAGAAAGAAGACAGUAAGGAAACAAUCAAAAAUGUAUUGAAGCAGUAACAUUUCUCCAAUUCACAUUCAUUAAUGGUUUGGGAGGGUGGGAUUCUUGUGUAUGUUCUUGCAAGUAAACUUCCACACAAAAA